AUGCGCGAGGUCGAGGAUGCGCUGCACAAGCUGCCGAUCAUUCAACAGCUCAAAGCAGCUUCCGUAGCGCAUGGAUCAGCUGCAGAACUCGAAGUGCUUCGUUCUCAAGGCAAACACAUCACCGAUCUGGAUCCAAGCACUAAUGUCGAAGUCCCCGCGCACGGUCGAAUCCCUGGCGCAAACGUAGCUGUCGCAGGACCACCCGUGGAAGGCGGUGCAGCCGACACACAUCAGUACGUCAUGACCCGACCUUAUCUCAAGUACAGUCGUGAAAAGGCGCAGCACAAUCUCACAGCUGGAUCCCUACGCGGGCCUGGGAUGGUAGCGGUUCCACCGCUCGUAUUCACAAAGACGGGUCACGGCGCAAAGCAGCUAGGAGGAACAGAAGGCGAUAGUACGAUCGUUCUUCAUCUGGGCAGAAGUUUGUGCGGUCACGACGGGAUCGUGCACGGCGGUAUGCUCGCUACCGUGUGCGACGAGGCGCUGGCCAGGACGGCCAUGUACAACCUUCCCGGCAAGAUCGGUGUUACGGCGAGGUUGGAGAUCGACUACAGGAAACCCACCAGCGCGAACCAGUUCAUCGUACUAGAGACCGAGCUGGUGGAGCAGAAGGGCAGAAAGGCCACGGUCAAGGGCACACUGAAGGAUGUCCACGGCAACUUGCUUUUGGAAUGCAGUGCCAUUUUCGUAGAACCACGAUAUGCGAGGUACUUCCUAGACGCAAAAGCUAUCAAGCAGGCCAUUGAAGGUUAG